AUGGAUUCACCCUCCUCCACCCUCAUGACCCUCACCACCCUCACCAACACAACCACCACCACCCCUACCCACCCAGCAACCCUCCCCUCCGCCGCCCGCACAAUAACAAGCAUCCUCACCCUCACCCUCACACCCACCUCCACCCCUUCCUGCACUCCCCAGGAUCCCUGCUCCCCACCCCAACACAUCCCCCUCCGCAUCCGCAUCACCUGUAAGUUCCCCUCCCUUCAUAACACCCCUUUCAGCAUACCCAGCACAACAAACCACCAUUCCCCCGCCCUCUCCACACCAAUAUCUGCUUUCAAAGAACCAUAUAAACUAACCGCCCUCCUCGCCAUGUACACAGUAAUCAGCAUGGGCAUCAUAACGGCGUUUGUAGCGGUGGGCUUUGUAUGGCUUUAUGGCAAGGCAGUGUACGUGAGGGUAGCGCGGGUAUUUGCGAGAGAGGAGGAGGAGCAGAGGGGAUGGAGACUGAGACGGGAGAGGGAGGCUGGGGCGGUGGUGUUGUAUGGGAUUGCUGUGCCCGUUUCGCAGGAUGGGAGGGAGGUGGAGCGGUGA